GCGCUCCACUGCUCUGCGCGUCCCCGUCGCGUCCCCGUCGCGUCCCCCGGCUCGUGGUCGCAUCCUGGACGGAUCCGACACGCGCGCUGUCCGCUCCCGCGCGGUACUGAACCUGGAGAGACAUGGGAGCCGUUCUGGGAGCCCUUUCCCUCGCGAGCUGGGUGCCGUGCCUGUGCAGCGGCGCGACGUGUCUGAUGUGCAGCUGCUGCCCGAGCACCAGGAACUCCUCGGUGACCAGGAUCAUCUACGCCUCCAUCUUGCUGCUGGGGACCAUCGUCGCCUGCGUCAUGCUGUCGCCCGGUGUGGACGAGCAGCUGAAAAGGGUCCCGGGCUUCUGCGAAGACGGGGCCGGGUCUUCUAUCCCCGGCCUGCAGGCCGACGUCAACUGUCAAAUGUUCGUGGGCUACAAGGCAGUGUACCGCAUUUGCUUUGGCAUGAGUGUGUGGUUCCUGGGCUUCGCCCUUCUCACGAUUAACACCAAGAACAGCAGAGACCCCCGAGCCGCCAUCCACAAUGGAUUUUGGUUCUUUAAGUUUGCUGCCUUGGUGGCCAUUACAGUCGGUGCCUUUUACAUUCCCGAUGGGCCUUUUACAUACACGUGGUUCGUCGCGGGUUCCGCUGGAGCUUUCUGUUUCAUUCUGAUCCAGCUGGUGCUCCUGGUGGACUUUGCCCACUCCUGGAACGAGUCCUGGGUGGACCGGAUGGAGACGGGCAGCUCCGGGGGUUGGUAUGCAGCUUUGCUGGCGGUCACAAUUGUCAACUACAUCCUGUCAUUCACGGCUGUCGCGCUGUUCUUUGUGUUCUACACCAAGCCUGAUGGAUGCUCCAUCAACAAGUUCUUCAUCAGCUUCAACAUGUUGUUCUGCAUCACAGUCUCCGUUAUCUCUGUGCUGCCUAAAGUGCAGGACUCGCAGACCCGUUCAGGUCUUCUACAGUCCUCCGUCAUCACCCUGUACACCAUGUAUCUGACCUGGUCUGCCAUGACCAAUGAGCCUGACCGAGAAUGCAACCCAAGUCUACUGAGGAUCUUCCAGCGAAUUGCGGUCCCCACCCCUGCCCCCCUGGAGAUAGAGAACCAGACAGCCGUGGUGAUCAUCGGCACCGAGGAACCAGUCCGGACAUCCCCGUACCUGCAGUGGUGGGAUGCUCAGAGCAUCGUGGGGCUCGCAAUAUUUGUCCUGUGCAUCCUCUACUCAAGCAUUCGUUCGUCCAGCACCAGCCAGGUGAACAAGCUGACCAUGGCCUCCAAAGACUCGACCAUCCUGGCCGAGGGCGGCAGCAGCCCCGACCUCUCGGAGGAGUCCGCAGGACCCAGGCGGCUGGAGGACAAUGAGCGCGACAUGGUCCAGUACAGCUACUCCUUCUUCCACUUCAUGCUCUUCCUGGCCUCACUUUACAUUAUGAUGACCCUCACCAACUGGUACAGCCCGGAUGCAGACUACGCCGUCACCAGCAAGUGGCCGGCCGUGUGGGUGAAGAUCACCUCCAGCUGGGUGUGCUUGGGCCUGUACACGUGGACCCUGGUGGCCCCCAUGAUCCUCACCGACCGAGACUUCAGCUGAUCAACUCCGUCCGCCACCCACCAAAGACUCUGACCACGUUGCCUAAACCUCAAAAUGAAAUGACAGUUUUUACAUGUAAUCGGAGUUUAGUGUAAUUAUUUCAGGGUCUGGUGCCAAAGUGGCUGCUUCAAGUUCUGAUAGUGAAAGCAACCUAUUUGUGUGUGUACUACUAAUACUACUAUCAACUGUGAAUCAACUAAGGUCAAAAUACAAUCUCCCAACAAUCUAAACGCAGCAAUUCAUCAUUAGUCAGAUUUGACUAAAUACAAAUAUAUUGUUAUAAAUAUAGGUGUAUUACAGUAAUAAUGAUAAUGUAAACUGGUAAAACAAUAUAGUUUACUGCUAUACUUUCCAAUGACUUAUAGUAUGUACAACAAUGUGUGAAUAGAGUCAUAGUUUUAGAAAGUACACAAGUCAAACCGUUGUUGGUAAAAUUGGCACAUUCCUGCGAUAUGUCUCCAAAUGUUUCUGACCAAUAAUUAUGGACUAACAAUGUUUCACUGUAAAGGCGCGACGGUGGUUUGAGGUUGUAAAUAGAUCCUCACAGGAACAGACAAUCCGAGAGGUUUCUGCUGAGUGACGCUGUUAUUCUUUGUGCACGAUAGCCUUAAUGUUUAUUAUGUUUUCACUUGCAAAGAAUGUCAUCUUUUUUUAAUCCUAAAUGAAGUUUUGUUAGAAAUGUCGGGGGAGGCUAAUGAGAAUAUGUUUAAGAAUAUGAACGAAACCCGGCUUCUAUGAUACAGACGCUGACCAAAUGCCUUGUAAGCCAAAGUGAUCCACCGGAGUUAGUAAAUGCUAUUCACGCCUUGCUUUGAGAUUCUCUGUGCAAAGUUUAACGCCAAUAAAUGAGCGAAUACGUUUA